AUUUGUUGACGACUGUUGGUGUGUUGAUCGCAGCCGGGCGCAAUGUCAUUCCUCCGGAGCCGAUGUUUCCUAACGUAAUGGCAGGGAAGGGAUCUGUGUAACACAGCCCAGGCGCAUGAACACCUCUCCGGAUGACAAGCAGCACGUCGUUAUUUCAUGGUUUUAUCUUGAAAGGAGGGAUUUUUUACCGCCCCGGCCGAGACGCAGCUCAUGAAGUUCAUCUGUACAGGCCCUCUGUACGAAGGUUGUAAAGCAGUGGCUGUGAACUAAACAUGGAUGUGUGGCGACAGUUUGGGCUACUUCUCUGGAAGAACUACCUACAGCAAAAACGUCAGAUCUUGGUGACAUUGGUGGAGAUCGCACUGCCCCUACUGUUCUCCGCCAUCCUGAUUGUACUGCGUCAGAAGGUGUCCUUUACCAACUACCCCAAUGCCACGCAUUACGAUAGCUUCUUACUGGAAAGGCCUCCUGCUCAUCUGCCCUCAGGCCUGCAGCUUGCCUAUGUGCCGGCAAAUUCCAGCAUAGUACGCCAGGUGGCUGAAGACGUGCAGCUCAGCCUGGACCAUGGCUUCAUCAGUGCUGUGCGUGGGUUUGAGACUGAGCAUCAGUUCGAAGAGUUCGUGAAGACAGACCCUGAAUCAGCAAAGAUCCUGGCAGCAGUGGUGUUUGAGCACUCCUUUACUCAGGAUGAUGAACCUCUCCCACUUCAGGUCAGUUAUCACUUGCGCUUCUCGUAUAAUCCCCGAAAUGCUCCUUCCAAGGAAAAAUCAGAGCUGAAUCCAAACAGUGAUCUUAACUGGCACACUCUCAGCCUGUUCCCCCUCAUUCAGCUGCCUGGACCUCGAGAGCAGCAUGAUUCUCGUGGGGGCACUCCAGGUUAUUACCGUGAGGGCUUCCUAAUGGUCCAGCAUGCAGUGGACCGAGCCAUCAUGAAGGCCUACAACAGGACAGCGGCGACUGCCCUCUUCACGCAGACAUGGGUGGUGCUGUCACGCUUCCCGUACCCAGCUUUCAUCUAUGAUGUCUUCAUCCUGGCCAUCCAGAACCAGCUGCCCCUCCUGCUGGUGCUCAGCUUCACCUACACGUCCCUCAACAUUGUCCGAGCCAUAGUGCAGGAGAAGGAAAGAAAACUCAAGGAAUACAUGAGAAUGAUGGGUCUGAGCAACUGGCUGCACUGGAGUGCCUGGUUCCUCAUGUUCUUCCUUUUCCUCUCUAUCUCCAUUUUCUUUGUCACCUUGCUCUUCUGUGUCCAGGUGAGUCCAAAUGGAGCAGUGCUGACCUAUAGUGACCCUACACUAGUCUUCGUCUUCUUCCUUGCAUUUGCCGUGGCUACUAUCAGCUUCUGUUUCAUGAUCAGCUCCUUCUUCUCCAGAGCUAACGUUGCAGCAGCAGCAAGUGGUUUCCUGUACUUCUUUAGCUACCUGCCAUACCUCUUCCUGUGGCCGCGUUAUGACCUGCUAUCCCACGCUCAGAAAGUGUCUGCCUGUCUCAUCUCCAAUGUGGCCAUGGCUAUGGGUGCCCAGCUUAUUGGCAUGUUUGAAGCCAAAGGCAUGGGGAUCCAGUGGAGUAAUCUGUUUGAGCCUGUGACUGUGGAUGAUGACUUCUCACUGGCUCAGGUUCUUGGGCUCUUGCUGCUGGAUGCCAUACUCUACAGCCUGGUGGCUUGGUACAUCGAGGCUGUCUUCCCUGGCGAGUAUGGAGUGCCACGACCAUGGUACUUUUUCAUGCUGCCCUCAUACUGGUGCAACAGUCCUAGAGUUGCCCUGUUGAAGGAGAAGCAGGAGGAAGAGGAUGCAGAGAAAGCGCUGAAGGGCGAGUUCAUUGAAGAAGAGCCAACUGGAUUAGUCUCAGGGGUCAAAAUCAAGCACCUGGCCAAGGUUUUUAAAAUGGGCAAUAAGACCAAAGAAGCAGUGAAGGAUCUCACAUUAAACAUGUUUGAAGGCCAGAUCACAGUGCUGCUAGGACACAACGGCGCUGGAAAGACCACCACACUGUCUAUGCUGACUGGCUUGUUUCCUCCCAGCAGCGGCCGAGCUUACAUCAAUGGCUAUGAUAUAUGCCAGGAUAUGGCGCUGAUCCGCCGCAGCCUAGGUCUGUGUCCACAACACGAUGUGCUUUUCGACAACCUCACGGUCCGAGAGCAUCUGCUUUUCUAUGCCCAGCUGAAGGGCUACCCACGUGAAAAGAUUCCAGAUGAGGUGGACCGCAUCAUCCGUAUCCUAAAUCUGGAGGAUAAGAAGAAUGCACGGUCAAAGACCCUUUCAGGCGGAAUGAAGCGCAAGCUUUCUAUCGGAAUUGCACUUAUUGGAGACUCAAAGGUGGUUAUGCUGGACGAGCCUACCUCUGGCAUGGACCCAUCAGCCAGGCGAGCCACAUGGGAUCUUUUGCAGGGCGAGAAACGAGGUCGCACCAUCCUUCUCACCACGCAUUUCAUGGAUGAAGCUGACCUACUGGGAGACCGCAUUGCUAUCAUGGCUGGUGGGGAACUCCAGUGCUGUGGCUCACCUCUCUUCCUCAAAAACAAAUACGGUGCUGGCUACCACAUGGUGAUAGUAAAAGACGCGUUGUGUAAUGUAUCCGAGAUCAGCCGCCUGGUCCACAUGUACGUGCCCAAUGCCACCCUGGAGAGCAGCGCUGGGGCUGAACUUUCCUACAUCCUGCCAAAAGAGAGCACCAGCAGGUUUGAGCUUCUGUUUGCUGAGCUGGAAAUGAACAGAGAGGAGUUGGGCAUCGCAAGCUAUGGAGCAUCUGUUACCACCAUGGAGGAAGUUUUUCUUAGGGUCGGGAAGCUGGUGGACUCCAGUCUAGACAUUCAGGCCAUUCAGCUUCCAGCCCUGCAGUACCAGCAUGAACGCAGGUCACAUGACUGGACAGUUGAUGAUACUAGCAGUAUCAGCGGCAUGACUGAUGUGACGGACUUCACUGAUAGUGGCACAUUGAUCUCAGAGGACUGCUCCAACAUCAAACUCAACACAGGGGCUAAGCUGUACAUGCAGCAGUUCUACGCCAUGUUCCUAAAGAGGGCACUGUAUAGCUGGCGGAACUGGAAGGUGAUGGUGGCACAAUUUUUAGUGCCACUUAUCUUCACAGCAGUCGCCCUUGUGGUGGCCCAAACUCUCCCUGGGCAACACAAAACCCCAGAACUUCCCCUAGCACUCAGCCGCUAUGGCCCCACCACUGUGCCCAUGGCCCUGGAUUCUAAUGCGGGACCCCUGGCUACAGCACUUGCUGAAGCCUACGCCGCCCAGCUUGCUGCCGAGAGUGCCACACCAGUGACCAAUCUAACCGACUUCUCUGAGUAUAUACUGAACAAUGCCAUGAGGGAAGGAGGAGCCUUCAACGAGCGCUGUGUGGUGGGUGCUGCUUUUCAUGGCCGAACGAACAGGUUUGCUGAAAUCACUGGCUACUUCAACAACCAAGGCUACCACACACCGGCUACUGCGCUUAUGCUGGUGGAUAAUGCACUGUACAGGCUCUUGGCUGGCCCCAACGCUUCCAUCCAGACAGGAAACUAUCCCAUGCCCCGCAACAUGUCCGAGACAGCCCAGAGCCAGCUGUCAGAGGGUCAGACUGGCUUUGCCAUAGCCAUUAACCUGAUGUAUGGAAUGGCAUCCUUGGCCAGCACCUUUGCCCUGCUCCUGGUAAUUGAGCGCUCUGUGAAGUCCAAGCACGUACAGCGGGUCAGCGGCGUCUACCUCUCCAACUUCUGGUUCUCUGCAUUACUCUGGGACCUGAUCAACUUUGCAUUGCCUUGUCUUCUAAUGCUGGUGGUGUUCCGUGCGUUUGGGGUGAAGGCCUUUGUUGAGGAAAAUCACUUGGUAGAUGUGCUGCUUUUGUUGCUGCUCUAUGGCUGGGCUGUGAUUCCACUCAUGUACCUGCUCAGCUUCCUGUUCUCUAGCGCUGCCACUGCUUACACACGCCUCACCAUCUUCAACAUCAUCAGCGGCACAGCCACCUUCCUUGCCGUCACCAUCAUGACCAUCCCUGAGUUGGAACUGCAGAAUCUUUCACGUCUACUGGAUAAAGUAUUCCUGCUAUUCCCCAACUACUGCCUGGGCAUGUCUUUUAGCCAAUUCUACCAAAACUACGAGACCAUCAGCUUCUGCACCACCAGCUUCCUCACUAAAGAAAUCUGCCAGUUUUACAACAUCACCUAUCAGCUGAACUACUUCUCUAUGAAUGAACCCGGAGUGGGCUGCUACCUGGUGGCCAUGUCCCUGCAAGGUGUAGUUUUCCUCAUCCUUCUCUUCGUCAUGGAGCUCCAGUGCGUCAACACACUCUUCACCCUCUGCAGGAGAAGCAAGAAGGGCAUGCUGGUUGGAGAAGAAGCCCUUCAACCUGAGGAUAGAGACGUCGCUGAUGAGAGAAAGAGGGUUUUGGAUUGCCAGCCUGUGGUGGAGUCCAUGGUGGGCAGUCCUCUCAUUCUGCAAGAACUUACUAAGGUGUACCCAGGGAGUCAGUCUCUGCUGGCAGUCGACCGUUUGUCCCUGGCUGUGGGGAAGGGUGAAUGCUUUGGCCUACUAGGUUUUAAUGGAGCAGGAAAGACGACUACAUUUAAAAUGCUGACUGGAGACGAGACUGUGACUGCAGGGGAUGCCUUCAUCGAUGGCUACAGUAUUCUUCGUGAUGUAAAGAAGGUACAGCAGCGAAUUGGCUACUGCCCUCAGUUUGAUGCUGUGCUCGAUCACAUGACUGGCCGAGAGACUCUCAGCAUGUACGCAAGGCUCAGAGGAAUCCCAGAGAAAUAUGUGUUUGCAUGUGUGGAGAAUGUGCUCCGCUCAUUGCUCCUGGAGCCGCACGCAGACAAACUGGUCCGCAGUUACAGUGGGGGCAACAAGAGGAAGCUGAGUGCAGGUAUGGCUCUGAUUGGUGGGCCACCUGUCAUCUUUCUGGAUGAGCCAUCCACUGGCAUGGACCCUGUGGCCAGACGCUUGCUCUGGGAUGCAGUCACCCGCACCAGAGAAUCUGGCAAAGCCAUUAUUAUCACCUCACACAGUAUGGAGGAGUGUGAGGCUUUGUGCACUAGACUGGCCGUGAUGGUCAAUGGGCAGUUCAAGUGUCUGGGCAGCCCACAGCAUCUAAAGAGCAAAUUUGGCAGUGGAUACACACUGUUGGCCAAAAUCCACAUGGAAGCUGAUUUAGAGGAGAUGGACCUUCAGCUCUUUAAAGACUUCAUCGAGAGCACCUUCCCUGGUAGCUUAUUGAAGGAUGAACACCAGGGAAUGGUACAUUAUCACUUGACUGACAAAACAUUAACCUGGGCUCAGGUUUUUGGGACCCUUGAGGCAGCUAAGGAGAAAUAUAGCAUUGAGGACUAUUGUGUGAGUCAGAUCUCACUAGAGCAAGUUUUCCUGAGCUUUGCUCAGUUCCAGCACUGUUCAGAAGGCUGGAGAAAAUCAGACUGAGAAAAAGAGAGAUGAAGACUCCUGUAAUUUUCCUUAUUUAAAGCCUUUAUGUGGUGCAACUUGGGCUGAGAGAUUUUUCUCCACAUGUUCAGGUCUCAGAAAAUUUCUUUCUCUUCCCCAUACACCAACACACAGGUGUACUGCACUGGUACUGUACUUCACUAAUCACAGAUCUUGGACAGUACUUUGGAGGUCUGGACUAAGCAUGUAUAGUGUGUUAAAACAGACAAUGUGGCAGACAUUGCAAGCAGUGUGUUUGGGGGGAGAGGUUUUCAUCCACACCAAGUAAAGCAGAACUUAAUGUGUUGCAUUUUAAAGUCUUUGCAUCAGUUGUUGUUGCUGGAAACUCUUUCUGAAUGAUGAUUGUCUGUGAUGGUCUGGAUUAUGUGUAAAUGUCUACAAAUGUAUGAAGCUGUACUGCAAAAAAUAGUCACCUUAAAGAAUCAAAAUAAAUCUAUAAACAAUGCCAUGCCAUCCCUAUCUCUAAAAGCAAACACAUGCAGCUAUAUUGCAAUACAUUAAUUUUUUUUGGUUUUUGUACUUUUUUCUGUUUUUACAUUACAAAAACAAUAUUUGCACUGGAAACCUUCCUCCAAAGAAUUAGUCAGUUUAACAUGUUUGAAAUAGUUUUACCUCCCUGGCUUACAGAUGGAAAAAACAAACAAACAGUAUAUGUUACUUAUUGCCAAUUUACACUGGUACUGUCUUGUUUUGUGUUUCCUGAAAAUAUAGCACAUACACUAUAAAGUAUGUGGAUACCUGACCAUCACACCCAUGUGUGCUUACUGAACAUCCCAUUCCAAAGUAGGUUCCCCUUUGCUGUUAUAAUAACCUCCACUCUUCUGGGAAGGCUUUCCACUAGAUUUUGGAAUGUGUCUGUGGGGAUUUGUUCCGUUUGGCCAGUAGACCGUUAGAGAGGCCUGGUGUGCAGUCAGUGUUCCAGUUCAUCCCAAAAGUGUUCAGUGGGGUUGAGGUCAGGGCUCUGUGCAGACCACUCGAGUUCUUCCACACUAACGUAGGCAAGCCAUGUCUUUCAGACAUGACAGUUCAGACAGUGUGCUUUCAGCUUUGUGCAACAGUUUGGGGAAGAACCAUAUAUGGGUGUGAUGGUCAGGUGUCCACAAACAUUUGGCCAUAGAGAAUAGUAUGACAGGAAACCAAAAAUGUACUAGAAUAUUCUAAUAUCUGAAAUAAUGGAUUUAAGUACCUUCACAUGACCACAGUCAAAAUAUAUGCUGCUUCAGGUGUUCAGGCUGUAUGUGUUAAAUUCUCAUCAGAGUACUAGUAAAACACCAUCUGAGUUGUGACUCAAUCUGUGCAGACAGGUAGCAAAAUUUUUCAAUUCAAAUGUCAAACUCUCUUAACUGACAUAGUACAUGUAAGCUUUUUUGUAUGUUGUGUAAAGAAUGGUCCCUGGUUAUCCUAUUCAUUAUCGAUUCCAAAGGAAAAGUGACAGUACUGUGUUGUAUGUGCGUACCCCAUUUGUAAAUGGAUCUUUUAAUUUACACCUAUGCUUUAUUUAACCGUCCAGGUCAAUUCAUUUACCCAGUCCAUUUUUAAAAAUGAUGUCAGUCUUCAAAAAAAAAAAAAAAAAAAAAAAAAAGGACUAAUGAAAUAUGGCUCUUGAGUGUAGAUGAAUAGUAGUCAAAGCUUCUACUGUACACUCAAUUGUGAUUGGUACGUUCCUAAUAUCCUGACUAACCUUCAGAUUCAUUCUGAGGCAUCGGUGAGUAAAUCGUAUGUCAUAUACACCUGAGUGUGACAUCGUAUGUCAUAUACACCUGAGUGUGAGUCGAUGGGUGUCUCACUAUUGUGUGUCCACUAGUGGUCAACUACUAGUGUGGCUUAAUGGACUAAUUGUGUAUAGGGCUUCUGUUUUUUUAUUUAUAUUUUUAAUUUAUUUUCAUUUGUACAUUUGCACAAUGUAACAGCUUUCACUUUUGGACUGAUUAUUGUAAACCACACUGAUGCUUUUUGAAGUUAGAUGAACCUUUUUUUAUAUGAUCAUAACCAUGUAGACUAUAGUGAUAAUAACCUGACAUGGAUAAAAGGGAACUGAGAUCUUAUGUACUGUACCAUUGAAUUAAUCUUGACUAAUAUGUAUUAAUUACCAUUUCUUUUCUUUGUUUCAUUAUUUUUUUAAAUUAAAUUUGCCUUAAGAAAGAAUGGACUAAAUAUUUUGUCAUCGAAGGCGGUCAUCCUGUUCAUAUGCUGUUUAUGGAUCCCUAUGUAAACAUUUAGUAAUGUAAAGUGCUCACUUUGUGCACAAGAGCAUUGUCAUGCUGGAACAUGCAAAAGCUAUAACAGCAAAGGCUAGGCCCCUUAGUUUCAGUGUUUCCCACUCACUAGCUGGAUGUCACAUAGCCAAAUCAAAACCUUUAGUGUGCUAAUGCAUCAUUAACAAUGCAUUUUAAUAUAAUUUGUAAAAGCUUAUGCCUUAGGUGUAUGCCUUAGAACAUGUUCGUUAUAAUUUAGCUGUAAAUCAGUAGACCUCAAUCAUUUAAGCUAUAAAUAAUUAUGCAGUGCAUUAUGUAUUUCCUAAGAUACUUCAAAGUUAAAUGUUUACUAGUUAUUUUGUUUUAUGAUUAUAGAAAUAGUUAUUAAGUGAAAGUUUUUUUUUUUUUUAACAUUGAGUGGUGGUCAGCCCACAACCAAAAGAAGCCUUUAAUAAACACAAUCUCUAGAUCAUGUGAUUUCAUGACUAUGCUGCGAUGUACUUGCGAAAACUCUGGUCUACCUAUGAUGCUGAACUAAACAGAUGACUAAAAGCUUACAUGUUUGCAAAGUGGGAGUCUGUAUAAAAUCAGCUAUUGUAACAUAGGUGAGGUGUUUAUAGGAAACAUUGCAGUUGCUCCACUUAACAGGACUGGAGUAAAGGUAAAGUCCAGAUUGACUGACAGCUCUUGUGCAGUGCUGUAUCAGCUUUCACACAUUCCCUACUUGCAAUCUACUUACAGGCCAUUAAAAUUAAACAUUAUACAAGAGGCCAGUUCAAACUGUGGCAGAGUUUACAGAAAUGAAACAAUAAAAAGACUAUGAAAGUAAAUAAAUAAAACAAACAACAACCAAAAAAAAAGAAUUACAGUUUGCAGGAGUUUUGACCCACAUCUUUGUGCCAUGUGACUGGAGUGUCAGCGGAAAAACAGAAUAUAACUUACAGGGUAAAUCAACACAGUGAGCUGUAAAUAAUACUGUAAAUUCAUAUGCAGAAUACCAGGAUUUCUUAGCCUGAAACAUGGUUGCUUUUGGCAGGAGGUUAAACCGUAGAUGGAGCUUUCAACAAGAUAAGCCCGCAAACAUUCAUCCAGAACAACAGAGAAAUGCUCUGGGAACACAAUUUAUUUAUGCACAAUAUUUAUUUUGCAGUGGCCAUCUCAGUCAUACUGAAAACCUGUGGUCUGAAUUGAAGAGGGCAGUUUACCAGCACAAAUCUAAGUAUGCAAAUGAGCCUGAAAUUGUCUAGCUGAUGUGUCUCUAACCGUAUUCAGUAGUACAUUUAAAUGUCCAUUUUGGAGUGUGAAAUUUGUGCCAACGCAUGAGGGUCAAAAUAUCAAUGAAUAAAAUACUCCUGAUAAGUUCUUCUACUACACAAAAGUGACACUGACAUUGAGAAAUACGAAUUAUUUCAUAAUAACCUCUCUCCCACUUUUUUCUCUAUUCUUUAUUUAAAGAUUUAUAAUAUUUAUAAUAACGGAUAGGUCCGUUCUUGAAGAGCAGAAAUCAUUUCAUGUAAUUUCAGGUUAAAAAAAAAAGAUGCAUGUUCAUGAACUGGAGAGUGAUCUUUAGGAGACACCAAAUUUAGAUGGACGAAGAGGAUUUGUCAUUUCAACACUUCUUUCACCACAAAAAACGUGCAGAUUACAUAUUUCUCUUUUUGAAUAAUGCAUAUGUUAUUUGAAGCGAUCGUUACUUCAGUGGACAGAAUAUGUUUAACUAAUUUAGAAAAAAAAUUAUGCAAAUUGCAGCUGUUGAGAAACUCAAACAAUAAGAAACCUAGCACGUGAUUUUCUCAAGUGUAUCCGUCUGCAUCCUGCAGGAUUACAAACCAUGUGAAGUUACACCCACAACAAAUACAUAAACACAUUGUGUUUGUUGUGUUACGUAAAACACAGAGUUGGGGGGGAGUGGGCAUGGGAAUGUUGUGUAGUGUGAUUUGCUAGUAGGUGUUCCUUGUAGUGGGCGUUCCUUGUAAUAGGCAUGGUUUAUUAUCUUGCAGGACGCAAACAGACCCUUCUAGAUUUUCUACGAUAGGGUCUCUGAAUUAUAAUAAAAGUAGCUCUGACAAUGUAAACUUCGUGAGAGUUACUCCUCUGUUGUGGACAGAAUUAACGUUCGCCUUACAGUGGGGUUUCUUAAACCUGGAUUAACUGAUGAUCCAAAAAUCCUCCCCUUCCUAGUUCACCUUAAAUCUCUAUUGAUCAUUUGAUUUCGCAGUGGCAGGUGCUCUAAAAGUUUGCCACGCACAUUUUAAAAUCUACAAUGGACUUGCUCAUGAAUGUCCAAUUCUGUCUUCCAGCUUGCCAAGACGUACGGAUCUGUGUUCAAAGUAUAUUUUGGUACCAAGAAAAUCAUUGUCUUAGCAGGGUACAAAACAGUGAAACAAGCACUUGUUAACUAUGCUGAGGAAUUUGGGGAAAGAGAAAUCAAUCACACAUUCAAUAUCAGUUGUGUGCAGUUGAGCUUAAAUUAUAGUCUCUAUAUAUUUCACAUCUGAACAUUAUUUGAUAGUCAUUUAUUUAUUAUCCAGCAAAACUGAUUUAACAAGAUUUACCCUUUUAACUGUGUAUGAAACAUAAACCAAAGUGAAGAGAAAUAACUGAUGACAGAAUGAAAAUUGAACAUGUGCUCUGUUGUCUUUAGGAAUCUUGUUUUCUAAUGGGGAGAACUGGAAAGAGAUGAGACGUUUUGCUUUAACAAACCUUCGAGACUUUGGAAUGGGCAAGAGAGGCAGUGAAGAGAAAAUCACUGAGGAAAUCCAAUACCUUAAAGAAGUGUUUGAGAGCUUUGGAGG